AUGUCAUACCCCUUUGGCUCUCACAACAAGCAGCUGCUGCAGUCGCUGAUCAGCUCUUUCCCCAAAUACCGAGAUCGGUUGAGCCGCUCGGAAACCAUGAACACAGACCUAUCAACGAUAGACAAUGAGAGUUUACCUACUAUUGACCAGCUCUCUACAGCAAAGGCUAGCGUCGCUAUGCUGGACAAGCUCUGGACGCAGAUUGAUGUUUUGGAUGACGUGAAGCUAAUGGCAGAAGAUGUGCGGAAACGAGGAUCCUUUUUCAAUGAAGAGUUUUCCACGCUGCUAGCAGAAAUGAAGGAGGCGCAAAGAAGACUCCAAGAAGUGGUGGCUAGGCAUCAAGAGGCCAACGAGCGCUCUCGGAUCCAGCGGCACGAGCAGGCUCAGGAGAUGAAUCGAAACUGGGGAUUGGCCGAGGGAGACGCCGAAAAGGAGACGGAAAUCACCAAGCAGAAAAUGAAAGAGUUUUUCUUUCUGCAAGACACAAACGAGCUGGUGAAUCAACAGCAAGAUUUCGAGGAGUUGAACGAGUAUGUGAGGGAAGUACAAGACAAUUUAAUGGACUUGGGGCAGCGAAUGAGGAAUUUUGACGAAGCUACGAAGAAACUAUGGUGA